AAUACUUAUUUAUUCUAUGGUUGAAUUUAGCUAAAUCGUUUAUUGUCCAGAUAAGCGACCGGAUUUCACGUUAUUGCAAACGUUCACAAUUAGAUUCGAGAUGAUUAACACUUUCCGUCUGAUAUCUCGACAAAACCUUCAUCAAUUUCGUCAAUUUCACAAAUGUAUUAUUCGACAAGCGGAAUCAACGAGUUCUGCGGCAACAUCGGCAGCACCGUCCCCACAACCACCACCACCACCUCCAUCAGAAGCUGACAAACUGGUGAAUCCGAAAAUUGACAAAAUAGCCAAUGACAUAAGCGCUCUUAAUCUAAUAGAAGUAGCGCAGCUCAGUGAUCUGUUAAAGAGACGAUUAAAUUUGCCAGAUGCACCUGUCAUGCCUAUGGGAGGAUUUGCUGUUGCACCUCAGACUGAGGAGGAGGAAGAGCAAACACAAAAACGAGUACAAACAUCGUUUACUGUCAAAUUGACAGGAUUUGAUGACAAACAGAAAGUUGCCUUAAUAAAGGAAAUAAAGAGCCUACUACCCAACACAAAUCUUGUUCAGGCGAAAAAGUUCGUCGAGAGCGCACCUACGAUAGUGAAGGCUGAUCUAGCAAAAGAUGAAGCAGAGAAAUUAAGAGAUUCUCUGACAAAGGUCGGUGCUAAAGUCGAAAUUAUAUAAAUCAUGUAUGAUUACAUAUAUUGUUAUGUAUAUCUGUAAUAUUAUACAGUAAAAAUUUCAUUAUAUAGCAA